GUGGAGCCCACCUUGAUGAAUCUAUUGUAUAUCAACGACGUCCAUCAGUUUUUCCAGACAAUUUUAGAACAUGGUUCUAAAAUUUAAGUAGAUCCAAAUGUCAGGUGGACCACAGCACAGGAAACAGUGGUGAUUGAACACUCGCCAUUAAAAAGUUCUCAGGGCCCACUGUAAAAAAAUCUGUAAUGUUUAUUUUCCAUCCAACCCAUUGAUAAAGUCAAACAGAUCUGGAUGAAGUAAAAGACAAAUAUCAGAGUGAUCCAAAACUUCUAGGGCUUACAAAAAACUUUUAAUGGUUAUUCAGCACUUUUUACAUAGUUUUGGUCCAGAGUAGAUUUGGACAUGCUUAGUUUUUGGUAUAACAUCAUGAAAUGAGCUGAUAAAACGGAUGGACGGUGUGGAUAUGAAAUAAAUUUAUUAAGGUGGAGCCCAUACGGUAAGGGUAACACCCACUAAAGUGUUACCUGGCUAACAGCCAAUCUGCUCCCUGAAUGAAUUAGCCUUUAUAACCCCACACGUAUGGCCGCGAGUUCACCUGCGAAGAGAAACGCGUAGGCGGUUGUCAGCUUCCCUUCUCCUUCCACCGAAACCUCUGAUAGUGGAACCCCCAUACCGACUUUCUUCCCGAAUCGCGUGGGACCGAGCAAUCGGACGGCCGAGGUCGAGAACUAAAGAAGAUGUUGGGAGGCAUCCCUCAGCCAUUGCGUACACUUGGUGCUGCUGCUGCUGUUGUGUUUGGAGGAAUGUUUUCUUUGUCACUUGCUUCCUCCGUGACAAUCCGAAUGCUACAAGCAGCUACUGAAGCCAAACGGAAAAAGGUUGCAUUGCCUUGCACAGUUUGUAAAAGGAAGGGAUUUUACACUUGCAAAUUAUGUAAAGGGAAUUCCACCAUAGAAUGGUCGCCUUUAUAUGAUCCCAUCGUAAUAAAUCCAUGUCUCUGUCCCACGUGUGAAGGAAACAGAGUCCAACGUUGUCUGAAUUGUCUUGGCAAGGGCUAUGUUUGAUUUGUAGGUGGUGGAAGUUCAAUUUCAGUAAGAUGCCUCCUUCAUCUCUUACUGUAAACAAAUUUCUUAGGAUGAGAAGUUGUAUCUUUCCUUGUAUUCAUUACAGAAAUCAAAUUCACACAACUUUCAGAAAUGUAACUGAGCUAGAUAAAUGGU